AGGACAUAUUAAAAAACAGAUGGCAUCUCAAGUCACUUUCAAGUCCAUCAAGAGCCUUAUGCCCCUCCUCGAUCGCGUCCUCGUCCAGCGGUUAAAGCGCGAGACAAAAACCGCCUCUGGCAUCUUCCUCCCCACCUCUGCCACUGAGUCCCCGCUCCCCGAGGCCACCGUCAUCGCUGUCGGCCCUGGUGCACCCAACAAGGAUGGAAGCAUUGUCCCCUGCCAGGUGAAGGCGGGUGACCGAGUCCUCCUUCCCGGCUGGGGCGGAAACUCGAUCAAGGUUGGCGAGGACGAGUUCCACCUGUUCAAGGACUCGGAAAUCCUUGCCAAGAUCCAGGAGUAGAUUGGGCGUCCGCGAAUCUCUCCCUGUAUCUCCAUGUACCGCGCACCCCUCAGCAAUGAAACCUCUUGAUCAUACAUUCGGUGCUCAGGUGCUUAUACGUACAUACCGGUGUACCGGGCGCCCGCUCUAAGGAGAUGUGGGAAGCUGUUACCUUUCGCUGAAUCUGACAUCAAACACACCGCUCCUUCAACCUGCUUCCCCUGCUUCCUCUCGUCUCUCCUCAGCAGUAACAUCUACCAUACUCUGCAGGUCUACUUUGUCCACCAGCGCUUGCGCUUUUCUCGUGAGAUCCCUCGCUUCUUCAGCCGUAUCCUCCAGGUCAUCCACCUUCCCCUGGGCCUCCGCCUCGACCAUCGCAGCUCUCCUAUCAACGCUCGACCUUCCCCAUUUUGUAGGUGGCCCUCCCACACCCGGGAGGAUCUGUUCAGCUCCCAGUGCGAUCGCCAUCCCGGUCUCUUCAUCCCGCUUGAUAAUCCCCUUACCGGAGAUUUCCACUCCUUCAAGUGACAGCAGACUCUUGAUGUCCC